UCGGAAUCAGGCCCCGCCCUCCUAAGGCCCCGCCCUCAGGAAGAGCAGCCGCCGCCAUGGAGGACUACCAGCCCCACCACGAUGAGAUUGGUUUCAAUGCUGAUGAAGCACACAAUAUUGUGAAAGAGUGUAUAGAUGCUAUAUUGGGUGGUGUGGAUUAUAAUCAGAAUAAUGUCAACCAAUGGACUGCAGCUAUAGUGGAGCAAUCCUUAACACAUUUGGUAAAGUUGGGGAAGACAUAUAAAUAUAUAGUUACUUGUGCAGUGAUGCAGAAGAGUGGAUCUGGUUUACACACAGCCAGCUCAUGUUUUUGGGAUACCACAUCUGAUGGAACCUGUACCGUAAGAUGGGAGAAUCAAACUAUGAACUGCAUCGUCAAUGUUUUUGCCAUUGCUAUUAUCCUGUAGCUAAAUGGAAAUAUUAUACUAGCGCCUUUAACAUAAGAAAUUAUAAAAAUAUUCUUGAAUAAAACUACUCAUGGUAUUAUUUAUCUUAUUAUUGCACUAGAAGUGAAAGCGUGCAAUUGGCUUCAGAACAGUAGAUAUUGAACAUUGUAACUAAUUAAUCUUAGAGCUCAAAGCAUAUUUUAAUUACACAUUUGCAUAGUUAGAAAAAUCUCAAACCCAGAAAAAUAAGACAUUAAAAUGUCUAAAUACUGUAUUUCUAUUUGCACCAGCCUACCAUUAACACUAUGUAUUCAGGGAGAUAAAGGAAUUAAGUUUGGGAUAAUGAAGUUCCCUUGAGUUGGAAAAAUAGAAUUCUACCUGCAUAAGUCUGUAUAAAUUAACCCAAGUUCUUAGUUCAAUAAAUAUCAGUGCCUCAUUUGGUUAUACAUGCAAGAUAGUAUAAGUAUUGUAUGUUUUUCUUUUUAUCAAGUACUUUUAUAUAGUAACUAGAAAAUUAACUUUUUAAAAAGUGAUUAUUUAAUGAUUUGUUGCCUUUCAUUUCAUAAUUCCAAGUUAACAAUUGAAUAAUAUUGGUGAAUUGAUUUCUCUAGCCCAAUAAAGUUCACCAUAGAAUAACAACAGAUAAACUAAUUCAAUAAUAAUUGUCUUUCAAUUGUCAUUCAUUCUAUGUUCAGCAAAUAUUUGUUGAUCAUCCACUAUGUGCAGCAUCCUGUUUAGUUGCCACAUUGCUGGUGCCUUCCUCCCACUUUGGAAACUGUAGCAUUUAUAAUUUCGGUUGUGGAUGUGGGAAUAAAAGCACUUGGUCUGCAACUUAAAGUACAUAAGACAGGGGGCAGCUAGGUGGUACAGUGGAUAGAGCACCGGCCCUGGAGUCAGGAGUACCUGAGUUCAAAUCCGGCCUCAGACACUUAACACUUACUAGCUGUGUGACCCUGGGCAAGUCACUUAACCCCAAUUGCCUCACUAAAAAUAAAUAAAUAAAGUACAUAAGACAGUGGUAUUUAAUUAAUUUUAAGAGAUAAAUAAAAUGUGUAGAAGCCAUGCAGAAGUUAGCUAAAUCAAGUUCUUACUAUAAGUAGAUUUUAUUUACCAUUGUAGACAUGACUUAGAAAAAUAUUUAAAGAAAGUUGGGAUAAAUAUGCACAUUUAAUUUUGUUCUUAGUUUCAUAACUGGUAUUUAUUGUUUUGAUUAUUAACUGUCAUUUGUAAAUCACCUAUAUGACUUUAAAAUAUAGAGAGUAAGUUAUAAAUAUAAAGUGUACAUUCAUUAGCAGGUUAUGUAAUAACUCAGGGCUUAUGAAAUGUAGAAAAAUAUAUUGAGAAGCAAAGACUUUAAAUUAGUAUACACACAGCUGGGCUACCAAAUGCGAAGUCAAUCUGCUGUCUAAGCAAGAAAAUAAAGUUAUAAAUGCAAAUAGUCUUUUAAGACUGCGAGGAAAUCUAUAGAGUGAAACUAAUACAUUGAAUUUUUGAAGAAAGGCUGAGUGAUAAUAUAGUAAAUAGUAGUGGGGCAUAAUGUGGUGAUAUUUGCAUGUUUAUAAUUUACCUAUAUAACAGGAACAGUUUAAGAACUUAAGAUGAAUAUUAGGAAAAGAUAAAUUCAGUUCAAAUGCAGUAGUGUGCUUCUUUUGGCACAUCCAAAGUUAUAACUAUAAUGUUAUUUUUCUUGCACUUGAAGAUUGUACUAGAGUGAUCAAAGUACUACUGUAAUUGAGUGAUGUUAUUGAAUCUCAGUUUCUUAAAAAAUAAUCACAGAAACAUGCCUUGUGAAAUCAUGUUUUAAAGAAUUGCUUGAUAACUGUUUCUGUAGCUAAAAGAUAAUAAAGAUUGUCUGCCUUACCUGUA